AUGUUCCCGCGCUCCGUCAGCACGACGGUUUGGUUAAUCUCCUCCAGGCGUAUCACCGUCAGUGUCAUCCGCCCGGAGCAGGCCGACUCCGACAUCAUCAACCUCGAGGUCGGCGGGGACAUGACUGUCGCGCUGCUCAAGGCCAUCGUCGAAAGCGAAACCGCCAUCCCGCCCGCCGCCCAGCAGAUCGUCUUCAACAACCAGCUCCUCGGCAACCCCGACCAGACCCUCGAUCAGGUGGGCAUCGCUGAGGGUGACAUGCUCGGCGUCCAUGUCACCCUCCGCGACCCGGAGACCAUCCGUCUACACAUCCUGGGAGAUCCACGCGUGCGGGAGGCCGUCCGCAGACAGAACCCGGAGUUAGCGGAGGCGGCCGAUAACGCUCAGCGGUUCCGCGAGGUGCUGGUCCGGCAGCAGCAGCGGGAAGCCCAGCUCGAUGCCGAGAAGGAGGCUCGUAUUGCCAUGCUGAAUGCCGAUCCGUUCAACCCGGAGAAUCAACGCGAGAUCGAGGAGCUCAUCCGUCAAGAAGCGGUGACAGAGAACCUGCACAACGCCAUGGAACACCACCCGGAGUCCUUUGGCCGCGUGACGAUGCUCUACAUUCCGGUCGAAGUCAACGGCCACCGCCUCAAUGCUUUUGUCGAUUCCGGUGCCCAGGUGACCAUCAUGUCGCCCGAGUGCGCCGUCGCCUGCAACAUCAUGCGUCUGGUGGACCGGCGGUACGGAGGUAUUGCCAAAGGUGUCGGCACGGCCCCGAUUCUGGGACGGGUGCAUUCCGCCCAGAUCAAGAUCGGCGAGAUGUUUCUGCCUUGUUCGUUCACGGUCAUGGAGGGAAAACAGAUCGACUUGCUACUCGGUCUCGAUAUGCUCCGGCGGCACCAGGCGUGCAUCGACCUGAAGCGCGGAGCGCUGGUCAUCCAGGAUCAGGCGGUGCCGUUUCUAGGGGAGGCUGACCUUCCCAAAAGUCUGACCGAGGAGUUUGAGGAUGAGCCCACGGUGAAGGGGGCAGACGGGGCCGAGGUGGGCGCGCGCACGGGGGCCGUCACUCACCAAGCGGGCGAGAAUGAAUCCUCCGCCUCAGCCUCGGCCCCCAAGAUUAACAUCCGGCCCGCGCCGGCAUCCCGCUGGCCCGCGGACUCGAUCGCCAAGAUUACGGAGCUGGGCUUCACGCGCGAGGAGGCUAUGCGGGCAUUGGACGCGGCCAAUGGGAACUUGGAUGGUGCCAUUGGAUUUUUGCUCUAG